AAAAAUUACUAAAAGGGAAGAAAGAAAAAGCCACCAAACCAUCAUUAAAUCCACUGCAUUUGAACCACAAACCGCCAUUUUAACCUCAAUUUGUCUGAAAAAAAGUUGCAAAAAAGCCAAAAAGAAAAAGAAAAAAAAAUGAUUUCUUCUUUUACUCUCUUCUUCUUGUUGCUUUAGCAAAGUGACAAAGAAUCACUCUUUCAUGGCCAAGCCUAAGCGUGUGUACCAGUUUUGGAAAGGCAACAAUAAAUUCUUGCUUGGCGGGAGGCUAAUGUUUGGACCAGAUGCUAAGUCAUUGAUUAUUACCUUCACGCUCAUCCUUGUCCCUGUUGUUCUGUUUUGUGUAUUUGUGGCAAGAAAUCUUGUGCAUGAACUCCAAACAGAAAGUGCAGGAUAUGCAAUUUUGGUGAUAGCUAUUGUCUUCACAAUUUAUGUCUUUACACUUCUGCUCUCAACAUCAGCAAAGGAUCCUGGCAUUGUCCCUCGUAAUUCUCAUCCUCCAGAGGAAGUUCAAGGGUAUGAUUCUUCAGCUUCCGUUGAAGCUGGCAAUGGACCUUUGCCUCAAGAAGUCCUUGUGAAUGGUUUGCCUGUACAAUUGAAAUUUUGUAAAACGUGCAUGUUGUACCGUCCACCAAGAUGCUCUCAUUGCUCGGUAUGUGAUAAUUGUGUGGAACGAUUUGAUCACCAUUGCCCUUGGGUGGGUCAAUGCAUUGGGAAGCGGAACUAUCGUUGCUUCUUUCUCCUUGUUUCUUCAACGGCCCUCCUUUGUGUUUUCGUCUUUUCCAUAUCAGCUUUGUAUCUGAAACUUCUUAUGGAUGAUUCUGGAACUAUUUUGAAAGCUAUCAAAGAAUCACCAGUAUCUGUGGCGUUGAUGGCCUAUUGUUUUAUUGCACUGUGGUUUGUUGGAGGUCUAACUGGCUUCCAUUUGUAUCUCAUAGGUACAAAUCAGACCACAUAUGAGAACUGCCGUUACAAGGAAGACAGCAGGGUCCGUGUAUAUAAUCGGGGAUGCAUAACAAAUUUUCUUCAACUAUUCUGCUCAAGCACAGAACCUUCCAAAAUCAAUUUCCGUGGAUAUGUACAGGAAGAGGCAUCAAAGCCUCCCAAGAGGAGUGACAUUCAAGAAACAGAUAUAAAUAUCUCUGAUGGGGAUACAAGAAUCAAGGUGGAAGACGAUCUUGAUAUUGGAGAUGAUAUUAUGAAGAUAUCCCAGCGACGUAAAUCUGAGGAAGUUGGAGAUGUUAGAGGUAGAGGAAGUGACAGGUCGCCAAUUGGUCGUUCGGAGGUUGAUUUUGGAUUUGGUCUCGAGUCUCAGUUUUCCUCCAGACCCUCAUACUAGCUUGAACAGAACACGUGAAAGAAACCAAAUUCAAUAUCACCUUUUUUUUUCCCCGGUACAUUCCUAAUUCCUCCUGCUGGCAUUAUUUGGAGCACUCAGAAGGAGGUUCAACUGAUCAUUUGUUGAGGUUUAAAAUGUAAACGUAACUUAUCACUAGCUAUGAACGUGUCUGGUGUCUCUUUCUCGGGCUGCUCAGGCUCUUCCGGCUCGUGAGGGGAUGAGAUGACAUCUUUGUUGGAUAGUAUGGAUAGUUAGUUCACAAGUGUAUUGCUGGUUUUAAGUAUUUAUUGGAAGAACUGUAGCUAUAUUACCAAAGGCUGUUUGGAUUCUUUACUUUGUAUGUGUCUCCUCUGGAAUAUUUUAACAACGUGUACAUCUUUUCUUGUGGUUUGAGGUGCUUUUCAGCAAAUUAAAUACUGGCCGUGAUUCAGAUAAA